UCAGAAUGCGUGAAGCUGAGCAUGAUGCACUAUUUUCGGGAAUAGGGACGAUACUUGACAGGAAGGGUUAGCUAGAAAGAUUAUGUAUGUGCUUUCGACCAGAAAGGAAAGAAACUCGUCGGGCAAAAACAAAUUCGUUUGGAAUAUUGACAUGACUAAGGAUAUUUUCUUGUCAAGAUCAACUCAGUCUUUAUAGUUUCACAACGGAUAAUUAUAUUCUGGAUCUACGAACAGAACGAUACGGAAGUAAACUUGCCAUCUGGCUAGCUUGCUAACGGCUAGAGUCUGGAUGCCAAGUCUGGGGGUGAUGGAGCUGGGCAGGCAACUGUGUGGGAAGAUGAGGAGGUCAAGGAGGGCCGAGGGCCCCGUCACUGUGACCAUGAGAGGUCUGGAGAUUCAUUUCUACCUACCAGAUACUCAACCGCUGGAGUUCCUCAAAGACCGCUUCACCGCUGAGGAGCUGUGUGUGGAGGCCGCCAAAAGAUGCUAUAUCUCCCCCCUGUGCUGUAAUCUGUUUGGUCUGUAUGAUGAGAACCAACAGCUGUGGUACGCUCCCAACCACGUCAUCAAGGUUACUGACGAGACCUGCAUCAAGCUUCACUACCGCAUGAGGUUUUACUUCACUAACUGGCAUGGUACCAGUGAGCGUGAGUCUCCAGUGUGGAGACACUGUAUCAGUAAGCUGAGGGGAGGUCUCGGCCCACAGAGGGCCCCUGAAGGUAUACCCCUACUGGACGCAGCCUCCCUUGACUACCUGUUCGCCCAGGGCCAGAAUGAUUUCCAGAAGGGUCUGGCUGUGGUUCGUUGCCCCCAGAGUGAGGCAGAGCAGCAUGAGAUAGAGAAUGAGUGCCUGGGCAUGGCUGUACUGGCCAUCACUCACUAUGCUAUGACCAGAGAGAUUCCCCUGUCUACUGCCUCCAAUGAGAUCAGCUACAAGCGUUUCAUCCCGGAGAAACUGAACAGGCAAAUCAAACAGCGAAACAUUCUCACCCGGCUCCGCAUCAACAACGUCUUCAAGAACUUCCUGAAUGAGUUCAACAGUCGCACUGUUCAGGACAGUAACAUCACACUGUACGACCUGAAGAUCAAGUACCUGUCCACCCUGGAAGGCCUGACCCGGGGCCUGGGGAGGGAGAUGCUGGAGCCCAGGGCCCUGGUAGUUACCCAAGAGGUAGAGACCAAUGGGGAGCUGAGCCACGGGCCUGAGUCCUCCCUGGCCAUGGAGGUCCAGGUUACUGGCACCACAGGGAUAUCAUACAGGAGGAAGCCCCCAAAUAAUACCUUGAUCCUGAAAGAGAAGAACAAGUCCAAAAAGAACAAGUUUGAGGGCAAACAGACCAAGAAGAAAGACGCCAGCGAAGGCUGGGUGACAUUCUGUGACUUCCACGAGAUCACACACAUUGUCAUCAAAGAGUCCACUGUCACCAUCUUCAGACAGGAUAACAAGAAGAUGGAGGUGCAGCUGGAGUUUAAAGGAGAGGCGCUGGCGUUCGCUGCUCUGGUGGAUGGGUAUUUCCGUCUGACGGUCGAUGCCCAUCACUACCUGUGUACAGAGGUGGCCCCUUCCUCUGUGGUGCAGAACCUACAGAACUGCUGUCAUGGACCUAUCUGUACGGAGUAUGCCAACCAGAAGCUUCGUCAGGAGGGCAACGAGGAGGGAACCUACGUCCUGCGCUGGUCCUGUACUGACUACCAUUACAUCAUCAUGACCGUGGUCUGCAGCGAGUUGGAUCUGUGUGAGUCGAGACAGGUGCGUCAGUAUAAGAACUUCCAGAUCGAGGUGGGUUCAGAGGGUUUUCGUCUGUACGGGACAGAGACCUACAGGUCAUCUCUCAGAGAGCUGCUAGACCACCUGUCUGGACAGAACCUCCGUACCGACAACCUCCGCUUCCAGCUCAGCGCUGCUGCCCCCCACAGCCCAGAG